AUUAACGCAGUGUCUUGCCAUUGUUCUGUUAAAGUUACCGGUACAUUUUUUGUUAUACUGCCUCCUCACCUGCCCUUGCUCAUAAAAUAUGGCACCUUUAACAUGUCAAUUGUAAUAAAUAACUGUGCUUUUCAUUUUCUUCUUCUUGUCUUGUCCGUUUUGUAAACGCAAUCAUUGAAUAAUUUCAAGUUUUGUUUUAAAUAAUUUUUUUUCUUAAUUUUUUUACAAAAAAUAUUAUUGAUUAAGGAUUUUAGAUAAUAUAUAAAAAAAAAAUAAUUUUCGCUCUUGAAUUUUUAUUCGUAUUGGAUAUUAAUAAUUUUGUACGCAAUUAAGAAAUUAACGAAAAAUUUUGUUUACAGCAAUGACAGACCUAAAUUAUAAUUUUUAAACGUAGUAUGGCAUCAGCAGUAAUUUUUAGCGCCAUCAUUAUCAUUUUGACGUACUUUUAUUAUUUAUUUACCUAUAUACAGGCAUAUUUAUGUACAUAUAGAACGUUACUGUUAUUUUGCGCAUUCCUUUCUUUUGUUGUUUAUACGUUUAAUAUGCAUGUAUAAUGAUAAAGCCUAUCAUUUAAUAUCGCCAACUUACGUGCAGUUGCAAAUUUUUAUGAACAGCAAGCAACAAUAACAAUAGAAACAUUGCCGCUGACGUGUGUGGGCUGUAAAUUUUCCAAUUUUGCUUUGGCAUGCCUAUAGUGUUGUAGGCGUAAUUGCACAAUAAGACGUUGCUCUGGGGGUGCCUCUGCGUUCCAAUUACAAUUUCUGUGAACUUACAGCUACAGCUGUGGCAUCAGCUUUGCUUCAAGAGCGGGAAACGAAUUUAGGUGCAUAGAUUUGCUUGCAUUUGUUUAUUUUGAUGAUGCAGCGUUGCAAUUUAAUUUUUUCUUGGAAAUCGCCAUAGAUUAAAAAAAAUAUAUGAAUGAGUAAUUUAACAACUGGAUUUCUGCAUAACGUUAAAUAUCAUUUAAUAUUUUUAAAUGCUGCGCAAUAAACUUGUAGCGAUUUGCUAACAAAUGCUUGAAAUAUCAAGUUUUGUAUGUUCGAGCGAAAAUUUGUUCUUUUUCUUAGCGAAUAGAAAAUGUUUUUUUUUUUUAUCUACUAGUCUAUUCUACAUAUUUAUAUAGACUCCUGCGGAACAUUCUCGGAAUUGCGCAAUUUGUCAUCAAUUUUGAAAUACAGACAGAGUGUGGCUAUUUUGCAUUAGAACUUUCAUUAUUAGCGCUUGAAUAUCAAUUGGGCAUAGUCAUUUUAGCGAAUUUGCAAUUAUUAUGCAAAAAGAAUUUGUGUAUAUUAUAAUGUCUCUUAAACACAGCCUUGGUGUAUGUUUCACAUAAAUGGUGAAUGUGUAAAAAUUACUUAACACUUUUUAUGAGUGACUGCAACAUUUACUACACCUGUGCAUUUAUUUACCAUUUACAUUACAUUUUAGCUUACAGAGCGGUGCCAGACUUUCAUUUUUCAUGAUUAUUUAUGAUUUGCGCAUAGAAUGCGUUAACGUGUUAUGCAUUUUCUGUUAGAUUUUUUUAUUACGUAGUAACUGUACUUAUCGUUUUUUGCUUUUUAUACAAAAUAAAAAAAAAACACAUAUAAUAUUAAAAAAAAUUUACUUUCGCCUAUUUUAAUAUGACAAUAACAGUUUUAAUAAGUAAAAAAUAUAUACAUAAAUAUAAAAAAGCCUUUUAUAAUUCUAUUCUACAGUAAAAUAAUUAUAAAUUUUUAUCUAACUUACAUUUUUUGCGUCUUCAAUUAAAUAUAAUUCUUAUCUUAAUUCUAUAAUUUUUUUUAUCAUACCAAUACGGAUUUCUGUGAAAUAUAUAAUUUUAGAUAUAUAUGCAAGCAUUCCUUAUAAGUAAUUUUAAUACAAUUAUUCCACAAAUCACUACAGCUGCUUGCUUUUGCACUUUGCACACGCGUCGCAAAUGUCAAAACAGUCUGCAUACCGGCCGGCAACCCGGCUGAUUAGCGCUCAUUUUUUAUGCCAAACGUGAAAUCAACAUUUCUGUUAACGUCGGUGUGCGCCGGUGCCGGUUGUGUUUAUGUGCGAAAGAAAUAAAAUGAAAAUAAAAAUAUGUCAUACUUUUCGCAUACAUCAAUUGCCUUUGAGUUUCGGUGUUGGCUGCCUACAUUUUAUAUCGUGUAUAUUUGCUGGCUGCUGAUUUCUGUGCGCCUAAUCGUUGUGUGUGCAUACUUAUUCACUUUUGUCUAUAUAAUUUUUCAUUUAUUACUCAACCUUACCGACUUCCUGGUUGAUGAUAACGGUUCAUUCAUAAAAUCGUCAAUUAUAAUAAGCCCAUUGGGCUAGUUUUUGUUGCUGUAAUUUACAUUGUACAAUAUUUGUUCUCUUCUUUUGCAAAUAAACAAGGUGGAGCACCUGCAAGUAAUAAACAUUAAAAAAAUAAUAAUAUUUAAUCUGCUUUCUAUUUUAUUGUUGUGUGUAUUUGCUAUUGCAUUUCUUGUAGACAUUUUGUUGUUGCACUCAUCGAUUUAUCGCGCAUUUCGCCAAAUCAUACUCACACGCCGCGUUUGUCUCUUACGACACAAAUAGGUUUUUGUUCUAAAUUGUGCACGAUCAAAACAAACAGCAGAGAAAAUAUGGCGUUGCGCUUGCCAGUUGUAGCAAGUGUUAUAAAUAACAUACAAUGAAAAUGAAAAUAAAAAAUGCAGUAACAACGAAUACUACAUGCAUAUACAUAUACAGGCGUGGUGAAGAAUGCUGAAAAGGAAAACUAGUCGAAAUAAUUGCAUUUCUUGAUUUUGGUAUAAGCAACCGUGCAGUCCGCCACCCGGCAUUCAGUAAGCUCUGAGUUAAUCACUGGUUAGUGCGCUGACCAAUUAGUGUUGAUGUGGUUGUAGUGGUGCUCAUAUACUCGCGGGCAGUUGUCGCAAACUUUUUGAUUAUUAUAAAAACAAUUAUAAAAGCGGUUAAUAUACUACAACUAUUUACGGUAGUUUAUCUAUUUAUAAUUUAUAAUGGCCAUAAAUUGCGCUUUCAUUGAUUUUAAGAAAUAUGCAUUCAUUUUGAAAAUCAAUUCACAAGUUCGAAUAAUUGUAUAAUUUAUAGUAUGUAUUUAUGUAUGUAUGUGUUUUGAUUCGUUUCGCUUGUUCUCUGAUUGAUGUCGUUUAUUAAAUGACGAUUUGAUUACUGUUUCGCAGUUUGGCGCAUAGUAACUGGUUUGUGGCGCCACUUAAUACAGUAUGACUGAUACGUUGAACACACUUCCCGCCACUGAAACUAAUCGCUUGUAAGGAAUUCCAAGAUAGUUUGGGUUUUUUCCCAAUAUUAUUGCCAAGUUGAGGGUAUUUGCCUACCGGCUUCAAGUCUUACCAUAUACUUACUGCCACAUUUAUUGGCUUUAUCUGUGACUAGACUCAUACAUACUCACAUACAUAUAGUCGUGAUUGCUAUAAUUACCAAGUCACACUUUUCUAACACACCUUCGUAUGGAAUAAAAUCUCACUUACUUGCUCUACAAGUCGUAAGUCAACAUUUUCUACCUCCAAAGUGUAUUCGACAAGCAGUAAAAUUAUACCACAACGAGUACAAGAACAAGAAACUUUCGACACCAUUUUUGAUUUUGACCCAUUUGAAAACGAAUCAAAAAUGGCCAAAAUUUGCAGCACAUUCGGCACCUCACCCAUUUUGGGUAGCCUUUACCUGCCCGAUCAUUCAGAGGACUACUCUAUCAUUCGCCCCGAUCCCAGUGAACUAUUCGAGGAUCUAAUACCCGUUUGGGGCAAUACCAUUUGGGGUGACAUACAAAAAAUGGAUAACGGCAAUGAUUUGCCCAUCAGCGGUACACCCGAUUACUGUUCAUUUAAGAACGAGAUACGCAACAGCGAUUGCAUGUGGUCCGGUCAAUCGCAGACAGAGUUAAGCACCUCGGCUACCUCGACAGGUAGCGACUUGGCAGUAACACGCGCUGUACCGUUGUCGGCUGUCACAGCCAAGCCCGCACAAGUGCCAGCGCCAACUGUUGUUAUUGCCAACAAUAAUAAACAUAAAAUGCAGGCCGCUCAAAAGCCAACACAACAACAACAAUAUGUUGAGGUAAAGCGGGAAGUCAAAAUGGAACCGAACGAUGAUUACGAGAAACAAUUGCAACAACAUAGCAUACCAAAUGUACGCAAUGCCACAACAUCGUCACAACAGCAGUCGUCAGCACAAAGUAUGCAACAUAUACCGCCUGGUACAUCGCUACUGCGCAAAUCCAAUGUGUCGCAGCAACAGCUGCAACAACAACAGCGCAAAUUGCAGAAACAUCAACAAUUGCAACAUAAACUUUCCACAUUACAUUUGUCGGGCAGCAGCAACACCAACAACAACAGAUCGAACACACUCAACAAUAACAACAACAACAGUGGUGUUGUAACAGCCUUCGAUACCAUGGCUUACGAGCUGCCGGAGACUCCACCAUCCCUAGAUGACGAAGCCACCGAUUUCAAACAGACCAACAUCGAUUUGCGCGCCUGCAUGAUGGGCAGCAAUAAUAUCUCCCUGAAUGCUGGCAUCAUCGACAACAUUAGCAAAGAAUUGCAGGACACGAGUAAGGAUAAAAUAAAUACACGUCUCACCUCCGAUCACCCCGACAUUCACGAAGUGCUCGAUGUUAUAAUGCGUGAUGAGCACAAAUCCGUUAUGUACUCUAAUAAAAUGGCAACCUCUUCCGAUUGUGAAUCGGAUGAGGAUGAAGAGAGCACCGCCAAUUCCGGUUAUGGUUCAGCGUCGUCAAUGCUUGACGGCGAACUGUCAUAUGGACGCACAUCGCCGGUACCGAGUCAAGCCUCCAGCCAAACGAGUAUGAGUCUACACGCCACACAAGCGCACUGUCACAGCGAUCACAGUUACACGCGCUGCAAGGAAGGCAUGGAUGAUCUAUCAAGCUCGGCGUUUACACCCUCCGAUUCCGAUGAAGAAAUCGACGUUGUAUCCGUUAGUGAUAAGAAGUUGCCCACAAAUCCUUCAGAUCGUGAUCGUCGCGCCAUCGAACACAAAGUCGGCUACCGAUUCUCUACCGCGCGCAUCGUCAAGAACCCCAACGGCAUACGUACCAUACCGCCACGUCGUCACGGCGCCUACACGCUACCUUGCUCGCCAGCCACCAGUAGUCCCGUGAAGUCAGUCGCUACCUCACGUUAUCCCUCACCAUCAGGCACACCCUAUCACACCGCUACCUAUGCGAAUAAAUAUAUGCAACAACAAGGUAAUAUAAUUUCCGCUGAUAACCGUUUUAUCGCUGGCGCUGGGGAUAAAUCGCGUAAACGCCUCACUGUGCACGGCAGCAGCGUCAGCGCACACAGUGCUGACGUCACGCGCGACCUGGAUUACACAUUGCCACCGAGUAAGAAACAUCGCGGCAAGAAGUCAUCCUCCUCCAAGCAUGUUGGCCAUCACAGCGCAUUGCAUAAUGCCAGCGGUAGUGACACUAUGCGUCGUCACUUGAGUCUCGACGAAAGCGCCGACACUAUUGAAAAGCGUAAUUUGCAUAAUGAUAUGGAACGUCAACGGCGCAUCGGUCUCAAGAAUCUAUUCGAAGAGCUAAAGAAACAGAUACCCAGCAUUAAGGAUAAGGAGCGCGCGCCCAAGGUGAAUAUAUUGCGAGAGGCGGCCAAGUUAUGCGAGUCGUUGACACGCGAAAAUCAACAGCUCUGCGAUACGAAAGACUUGCUUAGGGAGCAGAUGCGUAAGCGUCAAGAGCAUUUGGCGCGCUUACGCAACUUGAUGCGGGAUUGAUAGCCGUUAUGGGGCGUGCGGCCGCGUGUUGCACAAGCGGCAGGCGGGGGUGAUGAGAACGCUGAAGACGACGGUCAAGAUUUUUCGAGCGCAGCUGGCGGUGCGGAUGAUGCGGUAGAAGAAGUGUGUGUGCGGAAGGUGCAACGACGGCGCCAGAAGUGCCACACAGCACUCAGCGUUAUGCGCACGUUGUCUGUCGUGCAGUGUGCGGAGGAGUGGUAAAAAGCUUGUAAAAAUGUAAAUAAUUAAAAACCUAUAAAUGUUAAAAUGUGAGCGUGCAGCGCGCUAGCAUGUGCUGGCAUGAAAGAUUGUGUAAAAACAUUUUUGUAAAAUAUUUGUUUUUAAACUACUCUAUACCAUAUAUAUGUACAUGCAAGCGGUAGGAGAUGCGCGCGCAGCGGUCGAAAGUCGUUACACAGGCUUUCGCCGUGUUGGAAGUGAGCGAAAGUUAUUAGCGCGCUGUUUUCUUGAAGAAAGUUGAUAUAGUUAAUACUUUUUUUCUAAUUUAAAAUGUAUAAAAUUUUUGAUGAUUAGUGUAACAAUACAGACCUUUACUAUUACUCUUUACUAAAAAUACGAUUAUAACUACUAUUGAUUACUACUUGGUUUUUUAAAACGUAGACGAUAAGUUAAACAAAUUUGAAACAUUGAACUCAGAAACAAAAACCAAAACAAUUUGAUAGCGCAGGGUUUAGCUUCCUAGCUACUUGUAUAUAAUAAUAACAACAACUACAACCCUUGCUUGUAAUAACUGAAAUUGAUUUGUUUUCUUAUACUUUAUGUAUAUACUUAUAUAUGUACGAAUCUAAACUAAAUUUUAUAACUACUGGAUAUUUUGUGAAAAAAUGCAAGGAUAUUGUAGGAGCAAGAGAGAGAUAGGGAUAAUUGCAUUGAAAAAGUACAUUGCUGUGAUAAUGCUUUGAGUUUAUUUGAAAGAAUUCAAACUCACUAAGCGUACACACUUCAGAAUGUGCUCUUCGAAAUAACGGUAGAUUCUCUGCUCCAUUGCGGCUUUAAGCGUUGCAUAUAGGUUUAAUAUUUAAGUUUGCUUCCAUUGCAAUGCUUAGCGUAUAGUGUUUUAAUAUACAUAAUUACUCUUAUUACAAUUACUAUGUAUAUGUAUAUGCACAUACAUAUUUACUUACAUUUAUACAUUUUAAAUUUUUGUGAUAUCAUUUUUCUUAACCAAAACGAAAAAAAAAACUUAAAGUUAGAAGAAAAAAAAAACAACAAAUUAAUGACAUAAACUUGAGCAUGAAGCAAAGAAAUUAUUUAACUGGACAAAACGAAAAUCCCGCAAAAGUACGUGGAUACAAAAAAGCAUAAAUACCUACAAGUGCUUAUAUAACUAAGAAACCAAGAAUUGCAACGAAUGCGACUUGAAAGCAAAACAAAAUGAAGAACUAUGUAUUUUAAUGAAGCACGAUAAGCGUUUGAUGAGCGUAACAAAACGGCAACAACAAAAAACCAAAAACAAAGCGUACAUUUAACAAUUAGCAAAGAACGAAUACAGCGGCGGCACUAUAAUUGGGACAGCUGCGUUAGCGAGCAACGACUCCAGCGCGGCUGUUUGCCACGCCCCGCGCAAACAAUUUCACUAACUUAAUAAUGAAGCAAUGAAUUUGACGGUUACAAAUUUGGUAACAAUUCAAUUUGACUUCGUAUUAAAGUAAAUUGUACACACACAUAUAUAUAUAUACACACAUGUAUGUAUGUGUGUCAGCAGCAUAACUGCAUAUGUAAUAUACAAUAUGUUGCAAGUAAAAAUAAUUUGUCUUUUGUUUACAUUAAUUUCAUAUGAUUUAGGCUUCGUUUGGCUGUAAAAAUAUAAUGUUAAAAUUUAAAAAAACAAAAAACAAAAACAAUGUUGAAAUUCAUGCUAUACAAAAAUUUCCUAAACUACAUGCAUAUUUUUAUGAAUAACUAUAUAUAAUAUAUUAUACAUAUAAAUUUUUUUUUAACAUACAUACCUACACAUACAAACUAGAACGAACGUUGUUAAACUACAUACUUAGCAAUUUAGCAAAAGAAUUAAAUAUGAAUAAAGCGCAUUAAUUAGCUACCUUUUUUAAUGUUAAUAAUAUAUGAAAACAAAUCUUUCUUUUGAUUUGGUGAUUUUACGCAAAUCGCCACCACUACAUUUGGCACUUGCAUACACUUAUAUAAUAUAUAUAUAUAUAUUUUUUUUUUUUUGUAGUUGCGUAGUUUAUAUAAUUUAAGCAGUUGGCGGUUAUGAAUUAUUUGCCUAAAAGUGAGUUUACAUUUUUCUUUAUUUUAUUACAAUUAUCUCGUAAUUAUCAUUAAGUUUUUAAGUUUUCCAGCAAAUAUGCAUUAAUAGUUUUUUUAUUAUUACAUAUAUAUAUAAUACAACUACAUACAUUUAACCUUAAAAUAAAAGCUAGUAUGCUACUUAUGUACAUAAAUAUGCAUAUAUAUACCAUAUAUAUAUAUAUAUAUAUAAGAGAACGAUAUACAUACAUAUAUUUAUAUAUAUUUACAAAUACAAGUUGAGGCAGGCUGUUCGCAGGCGUUUUUUUUUUUUAUUUUACAUAAUUUUUGUUGUGUGGUUUCAAGUGUACGCGCUGAGUGGGGCGAGAGUUUACGGUGCAGUCACUAAACAGCUGUUCAGCAGCUUCACCGCUAAUUGUUUGGGUUGGGUGUUAGUUGCCUGUUCUCAACUGUUUAACUGUCGAUGUAACUUUUACUAAUAAGAUUUAUUUACUGCACAUAUAUAUAUAAAUAUAUUUAAAAUAUAAAUAUAUAUAUGUAUAUAUAUAUUACUACUUACAUAUACACAUAUAUGUAUAAAUAAAUAAAUACAUACAUAAUAAAUAUGAAAUAUGUACAUAUACGAGUAUAGAGUUACCAUAUGUAUAGCUUAUUUGAAUAUGAUAUUAAAUUUACGAAUUAUACAUACAUACAUGCGGAGUACAGCAUAUAAACGUUAGCGCAGGCAGUGAACCAACUGUAAAUAGUUUAGUGUGCAGGCGCUUUGCAACGGUAAUGCGUAUUUUGUAUUUAUUGCAGUAGCGAGUGGCACAUAAAUUACUUUGUGCUGGCGAAAAAAAAAAUUAACUAUUAACAACAACAAAAAUAUUAAUUUCUUAAAUUUUGCUGCACUUGCAAUUUUUUCGUUUUCAUUUUCUAUUUUAUUUUUUAAUUUUUACUUUUGUAUUUUUUUUUCUUAUGUAAUUUUUAUUUUUUUUUUACUUCUAUAUAUUGUUUUUUUUUUUUAUUUGUUGCCAUAUUUUUUACCACAGAUUUGCUCAAAUAAUUGAAAUAACGGUUAAAACAGUGUUGCCACACGCUACUGGCGCUUUAACACUGCAUGCUUUUGGAUUGUGAAUUUAAAAUCUGCGAAAUUUAAAGUUUUUAUGAAUAUACCACACACAUACAUACAAAUAAAUAAAUAAUUGCAAAAUAACAAAUAAAAGCAUGUAAAUAUUCAAUACUAUACGAUUAUAUGAAUUUUUGAAAUAAAUAAGUGCGUAACGGUUUUUAUGCUUACUGCAAAUGCAACAACAAAGCAGCGCAAGUGUGUAAAAGUAAUAAAACAGAAAUCUCGUUCAAUGAAUUUCAUAAAGUCAAGCAAAUUGCAAACGAAAAGAAAAGGAAAAAACAAAGAAAAAAAACCACAGUAACUUCCGGUACAAUAAGCAAAAUACCCUUUUUUAUAUACAAACCAAUAGACAUAGAAAUAGAAAUAGUUAAAAAAAGUAAAACAUAAACACAUACCCAUAAAAACACACACACACACAUAGCAAAUUGAAACGAAAUUGUAUUUUUCUACUUAACCUAGAACAAUAGCAAAUAUUUUUUUUUCGCAAAAUGCAAACUUAAAAUUAAUGAAAAUCAAGUGAAACGAAACGUAAUGAAGUUUGUACAUGCAUAUACCUAUAUACAUAUACAUUUCUUUUUUAAUAAAAAAAUACUAAUUAAUUUUUUUUGUUAUUUUUUUUAUUAAAUUAUAAUUACAAUAUACAUUUUUAUAUAUAUUAUUAUUUAAAUAUAUUUAAUUUCAAAAUAAAACAAAAUGCAAACUGAAAUAUUUACAAAGCAAACAACGGCAAAUGAAAUAGGCCAGCAUGCAAACGCUCAUACCCACACACACCUACAUACAUAUUUGGAUAUAAAUAUGUACGUACUUGUAGUUAGCCAACCAUUAACUAAUAUAAAUAUGUAUGUAUUUAUAAUAACAGUAAUAAAGCGAAUAAACACAAAUCAGCAAAAUUGAACGUGAAAUAUAAAACUUGUAAUGAUUUGCAUUAAUUUACGGUUAUAACGGCAAAAGGGAGAGCAACCAAAAUCUGAAAUCCUCGCAUAAACUUUUCAUAUUUUUUUACACACCUGAAAAGUUUAGUUUUUUUUUUAACUAUAUACAACAUAAACAGCAAAUAAACAAUAUAAUACACUGUAAAAAAUAGUAAAAGUAACUAAAAACAAAAAAAAAAAAAGAGUAAACGAAAUUGUUGACACACGCAAAAUGUAAAUUAAAAAUAAAAAUAAAAAAAAACUUAUAAAGCAAUUUUCGCUAGUGAAUGUUUUGAAAACUACAUAAGUUGAAUAUACAAACAAAAGCAAACAUACAAAAUCUAUGCAUAAUGGCAUAUAACUCAAAAAUUAACUGUGCAUUGCAAAUACAGCAUUGUUAGGCAUUUUAGUUGAAUUAUUUGCUGCAAUUUCGCUUAUAUAUUAAAUAUUGAAAAUAAAACUAUUGAGAAUGAAAUAAAACCUAAACAAUUUGACAAUAAAAUGCUUGUGCAUAUAUUUUUACUAUUAUUUUGCAAAACGCAAACGCAAAAACAAUGAAACAAAAAAUUGCUACUAUUUAAUUUCUCACAGUGCAUACAUUAUACAAUUUAGUUUCAGCGACGCAAAUACGCAAACUCUCUAAAUUCAGUUAUACAGCAAUUUAUCCUUUCGAAAAAUUCAAUUAAUUUUGUUUUUGAAUUUGUUUAAUUGUAUGCAUUUUUUUUAUAAUUGCGUUUCGCGACUGAACUACAAACUAAAUUAUAAUACUUGUGUUCAAAAAACUCGCUCAGUUUGUGUUAAAUACAAUGAUGGACUUUAAUUUUAUUUUCAAAAUAAUGCUAUAUAUUUUUUAUUGCUAAAAACGACAUAUGAAACGUUUUUUAUGAAUACUAUUAUUAUUAUUAUUAGUUAUCUAUCGCUAUAUAUCUACUACGUUCGAACUAUCUACAUACAUUAUUAUUAUAUUAUUUUUUUAAAUAUAUAAUUAAUUUCUUUUGUACUUGUUUGUAAUUAGCUAUUAAAGCGCUUUUUAUCAAAUAUUUUUUUCUCUUUGAAUUCUAGUUGUAUGUACAAAAUUUUACUUAAUUGUAGGAGAAAGCAAAAUAUGAAAAUAUGAAAUGAAAUUUGUGAAAGCAAAAACAAUGCAAGAAAUAUGUAAAUAAAACUGGACUUUUUUGAAGUUGAUAGUAAACAAAAGCACAAAAAUAAA